AUAUUUUAUAUUUUGAAUCCAUAUUUACGAGACAACGUAAUCAAAUUGAAUUGUUAAUUUUGUAAGGCGUAAGCGUUAUGAAAAGAAGAAUAACGAACAAUUAUAAAAAAAUUAUAAAAAGGCGUUGACUGAAAGGAAAGGUUUUUCAUUUAAAAAAAAAAAAUUAAUUUUAAUCAAAGAAAAAAAAAUAUUUUUUUACCUUCAAUAAAUAUUUCGUUAAAAUAACUUAUUUUCCCCCACAAUAAAAAUAAUUUAAAAAAAAAAAGAUAUGGCGAAUAUUAAAGUAACAUAUGGAUCAAUUUCUCGUCGUCUUACCAUUUCUUCUACCACAACUUGGUCAGAAAUUGAAACUCAAUUUCGUAAUUUAUUUAAUAUACCUAAAGAAUUUCAAAUUAUAGUAUCUUAUACAGAUGAUGAAGGUGAUGUUAUUACACUUUCGAGUGAUUUAGAACUUCAAGAAGUUCUUUCAAAUAAUUCCAAUAAUGCUAUUAAAUUUAUUUUAACUACUUCAAUCAUGAAUAAUUUGAAUGAUGAUAAUAAUGUACUUGAUGAUAGAGAAAAAUCGACUGAUACUAUUAUUGAUGAUGAAACCUCAAAUUUAAUUAAUGGCGUAUCUUCCAUUCAAAUUGAAGAUCCAAACAAUGAUAAAACUACCUCUAAAUAUAAACAUGUUACCAUAACCGAUGAAAUCGAUGAUCCUCUUUUUAAUCAACAACAAGAAACUAUAGGAGAAAAUUCUAAAAAUGCCACGGAAUCUAAUAAUAAUGAUAAUGUAAAAGAAAAAAAUCCUUCAGUUGAAGAAAAUCAGGAAAAUCAGGAAAGUCAGGAAAGUCAGGAAAAUAAUGAUUAUGAACCUGAAAUUAUUGUGAUCAUCACAAGAAAUCCUUGGUUACAUAGAAGACGUGAAAGAUUUGGAGGAUGUAAUCCAUAUUAUUCUUGUCACACCUUUGGAGGAAGAUCCCAUUCUGGUGAAAAUACCCAUGGAUGUAAUCGUAACGCUAAUUCUCGUGGUUAUGGAUGCGGUAGAUAUUAUCGUAGACGUCAACAAAUUUCACCCGAAAUUGUAGCUGAAAAGAUUAAUACUUUACAUUCAAUGGGAUUUUUUAAUGAUAAUUUAGAAGAAUUGGUAAGAAAAUAUAAUGGUAAUCUUGAAGCAAUUAUUGAAGUUUUAUUAUUUAAUCAACAAAAUGAGCAAAAUAAUGAAAAUGUAAAUAAGCAAGUCGUGAGAGAAGAAAAUAACGAAAAAGAUCAACCCAUGGAAAUCGAGGAAGAAAAUAAUAAACCUUAUGUUUUAAAGUAA